AUGGGUGCAAAUGAUGAAGGUUGUAAAAGUCUCUAUGUUGGUAAUCUCGAUCCAAGAGUAACGGACAGCAUGCUUCAUGAGAUCUUUCGUGUAGCCGGAUCUGUUAAUAAUACGAAAAUUAUUCCUGAUAAAAAUUAUCAACAUGGUGGUUUAAAUUAUGGUUUUGUUGAAUUUAACGAUCAUCGUUCAGCAGAGCAAGCACUACAAACUCUUAAUGGCAGAAAAAUAUACCAUAUGGAAAUUAAAGUUAAUUGGGCUUUUCAAGGUCAACAGGGCCAUAAAGAAGAUACAUCUAAUCAUUACCAUAUUUUCGUUGGUGAUUUAAGUCCCGAGGUUAAUGAUGAAGUACUAGCCAAAGCAUUUAAUGCGUUUGGAAGCAUGUCCCGUGCUAUUCGUUGUAAUUGGGCCAAUCAAAAAGGUCAACCUGGUCCUGGAACCGUAACAACAGAACGACAAGGCUCAAACACACAAACACCACAAUUAUCUUAUGACAUUGUUGUAACACAGACUCCUCCAUACAAUAGUACAGUGUAUGUAGGAAACUUGCCUCCUUAUACCACACUUCGCAUGCAAGUAGAACGUGGGUUUGCUUUUGUAAAACUAGAUACUCAUGAAAAUGCUGCCAAUGCGAUUGUGAAUUUACAAAAUACCGUUAUUAACGGACGAACUAUUAAAUGUUCUUGGGGAAAAGAUAGAGCACCAGAUCAAACCACGACAGCUUAUCAUACUUAUGGAGUUCCAAGUACUUAUAAUAUUAGUCCAUAUGGUUAUUAUAAUCAUACCACUCAUCCUUAUGCUACUCCAGGUACUGAAAGUGGAUAUGAUCUUCCACCUGGUAUGUCAGCCCCGCCACCAUCUAUAGCAUCACUCGACGGAGCUGCUGCAGCAGCAGUAGUUGCUGGCCAACAACAACAUCCUACAGCUGGUUGGGAAAAUUAUUAUAAUAAUGCUGGUUAUGAUUACGGACAACAAUUUUAUCCUUAUGGUGGUGGUUACAACGCAGCAAACAAUGCUUCUGGUGCAGGUGCUCCGGGUGCUCCAGGAAUUGGUACUCCUAAUUCACACGCUUCUAUUGGCGGCGGUCAUCCACCUUCUGUAGGUAGUCAUGUAACGAUAUUCUUGAUGCUUGAGGUCUUACAGGAGUAG